GUUGUUGGUGACCGCAUCGCGAGAGCUCUCAGAGCUCGAGGGGAUGAUGACGAUGAUGACGUGGAUCCCGAGCAAGAUGUGGACUCGGAUCGGCCCAGGGAUGCUGAAGAUCCGGAUUUCCACGAUAAUAAGGCUGAGGCUUCUACCACUGAAGAGAUUGAGCCAGGAACUAUCUCGAUUGGUGUAGAGUUGCCUGAAACGGCCCCGCCAAAUCCGAGGCCAGAGGAAGCAGCUCCUGUGAACCGUGACCCCCCGCAUCACGAGGAGGCAGCUCCUGUGAACCGUGACCCCCCGCAUCAGGAUGAGGCAGCUCCUUUGAGCCGUGACCCCCCGCAUCAGGAGGAGGCAGCUCCUGUGCCGCCCGAGGUGCCCAGCAGGCAGUGCUUGGAGGAGCAAUUGCGCAUCAUGGAGCUAAAGCUAGAGGCGAAGAUGGACAUCGAGCGCAAGCGUGCUGCCAAAGACUUUGCAAAGAAGCUUCCCAAAGGACCAAUCGUGCUGGAUUCCGAUGAGGAGGCUGAGGUUCCUGCUAUAUCGGUGCCUAGCAAGACUGGUGCCGAUGAGGGUUCUAUGAGAUCAGGAGCAGUGGAUCAGAUGGAGACCCAGGCAUUCGACUUGUCGACUCAGGUCGUAAUGAAUGCUCUGUCAGGGCUGGAUCAGCCGGUUCCAUCCCCGGCACGGACGUUUGCGGAGGAGAAGACACGGGAGCUUGGAGAUGUUAGGUCGCCCGAGGCAGCUGCAUCAGCACAUGCCCCUGUGGAAACCCCGAGCCCCAGAGGGAUCAAGCCUGUUGAGAUCACACCUGUGAAAACCUAUCCGUCACGUGAUUCGCAGCUCAUGGUGAAAAGCACAAAAGCAACCGAGAAGGCGGAAGCCAAGGAAGCUAAGGCUGGCAAAGCUGCCGGCCGAGGCCGAGGCAGGGGUGGCCGGGGAAAAGGAGGAGGACGGAAGAAGCCCCAACAGGCAGAGGAGGAUCAGGAGGAUCCCGAGGAGGCUCCCGAAGAGCCUGCAACGACAGGCCGUGGUGCGCGAAAUCGUGGCCGAGGCAAGGGCCGGGGACGAGGUCGCGGGAAGAAGGUGCACCAGGCGGAGCAUACGAGCGAGCAUGCGGGCGAGCAUCAGGGCGAGGAUCAGGGCGAGGAUCAGGGCGAGGAUCAGGGCGAGGAUGCCGGCGAGCCCGAAGAGGCUGCUGAUGUUGCGCCCCCGAAAAAGCGCCGAUGCAAGAAGGUCGUGGAUGUGCCUACCACCAGGGUGACGGGCAAGCGGGGGUCAGAGGGCAGUGCCAAGCCCAAGAAGGCUGCGAAGAGGGCUUCGAAUACUGAGGAUGCUGAGUGGCCUCUCACGUUCGCUCGUCGCUACCGACCCAAUUCCGAGAAUUGGACCCAGCGGCUUUGGGAAGGAUGUGUGUUGGCUUUCAAGUCUGUGCUCCUUCCGCACAUUGUUGUGGGGCAAGCCUCGGCUCUUCAGGUAUUCGUCCUUUGCAUCCUGUUGCUGCUUUGGAACACCUCCAUCGACUAUGCCAAGGAGGUGGACUUAGCCGAGCUGUUCUCUGGUUCGGCGACUCUUUCCAAAGAGUUCUACUAUCAAGGCAAGGAGGUCGCAAGCUGUGAUGUGAAGUAUGGCCGGAACAUGGACAUUUGCCGAUCUUCAGGCUUCGGGUUACUUGAUAUUCAAUUGGACAUGGUCUCAUGUAGUUCGGUUCUAAUGGUUGCUUUUUUACAAGAUGUCGGAACCGAGGACGUUUUGUGCAGCAGUUCUGUGUGGUCGCCAGAAUUCUUGUGUCUGGCUGGGAGUCCUUUGCAGCUCAUGGGUGUCAAUGGCCCGCCCAACAACCAAGAGAUCCUUUGCCAAUCCUGA